AAAAAGCCCCAAACUCUCUCUAUCUCUCUCUCUCUACACCGCCACACCGCCUCUCUCUCUCUCUCUCUCUAAAGCCUCCCCAAAAUUCCCAAAUGCACGACCACAGCACUCUUCACUAUCCUCCUCCGAUACCGUAGCACCCCUAUCGCCGGAACCCUAACGGCACUCGCCCGCCGGCAAAUAUGCGGCGAGAAUUUUUCGUUGGACGUCCUUCUUUGUUGGACUCGAUUCGAAUUCUCCAUUCCAAUUGGCUCCCUUGCUCCUCCUUUUCAAAUUUUAGGGUUUUUUCGUGAUCAAUAACCACACCGCUAAGAAGAACUAGAGCGACACAAGUAACCGCCUAUGGCUCCGGGGCGUAAAAAGGGAGCGAAUAAGAAGAAACUUCAGUUGCGUUUGGGUGAUCUUGUUCUUGCUAAAGUCAAGGGUUACCCUUCUUGGCCUGCCAAGAUUAGCCGGCCUGAAGAUUGGAAGCGAGUCGCUGAUGCUAAGAAAGUUUUUGUCUAUUUUUUUGGAACUCAAGAAAUUGCUUUUGUUGCCCCUUCUGAUAUUCAGGUAUUCACAAAUGAAGUGAAGAAUAAAUUGUCAGCUCGGUGUCAGAGUAAGAAAGAUAGGUUCUUUUCCCAAGCUGUGAAGGAAAUCUGUGCAGCUUUUGAAGAGUUGCAGAAGGGAAAGUCAAGUGGAUUGGGAGAUAAUACUGAUAGAUCAGCACUAGGAUCUGAGGGUCAAUCUGUUGACUCAAUGGAAGAGGAUGGGGCAGGGGAUGACUUAAAUGAGGGGAUGGGUAAAGUUGGACAAAGUGGAGUGAUGUGGGAUUCAGGACGUGAAUUUAGUUCUAAGUUAGAGCAUUGCUCCAGUAGACGAGGUGAAGCGGGCUCUGAAGGUAUGAAGCCUUCUGUUUCAUGUGACACUGAUGACAGUUCAUCCCCAGGUAUUUCUUCUGAAAAUAAGGUUAAAACAUUUGAUGGUGAACAACCACAAGAGGUAUUAUCUGCUUCCAGUUUGGAUAAUGUUUCCUUUGUAAAGGAUGAAGCCUCUUGUAAUGGAAAUCUGGAUGUUAAUUGCAUGAAUAACCUGUGUAAUGGUGAGGAGGCAAGGACAAAUCCUCAUGAGUCUAAGACAGUGGUUUCUGGGGCAGACAGAAAAUUGGAAUGUGAUUCUAGGGAGCAAGUGAAAGGUGGAGAAAAAGGCAAGCAUGCUAGUGGCAGAAUAAGAGAUUCCCCCCCAGGUCCUCCUAAAUCAGAUUCAGGAGCCAAUGGUGGUAGAAAAGCAGAACUAUCAGAAGCCAAAAAGGAUACUAUUAUGGUGUUCAAUGAUAUACACGAAAAUAAGGUCUUUCAAAAGAAAAGGCGUGCCCAACCUGAACAUGGAAAAUCUGAGCUUGAAACGACUGAAACUACAAAUCCUGCUAAGAAAUUAAAGCGUGUAGACAUGGAAGAUGAUGUUACCAAGGGACCCCUCUUAGAAAACAUGAGUAUUUCACCAAGCUUGAAUGUAGUCGAUGACAAAGCAGUCAAACAGCCUGUGGCACAUGGGAAAAGAGAAAUCCUUUUGGCAUUAAGAGCCCAAAGUGGUAAAGUUAAAUCUGAUGCUUUUGCCCAAAUAGGUAAAGUGAAAUCUAAUCUUUCUUCUCAAUUAGGUAAGUUUAAACCUGGUACAUCUGCCAAGACGAGUAAAGUUGAUUGUGAUGCAUCUGCCCAGACAGUUAAAGUCAAAAGUGAUCCUCCUGCACAAUGGGGUAACACUAAUACUGAUGCAUCUGCACAAAUAAGCAAAGUUAAACUUGAUGCAUCUGCUGAAAUUGGCAAAGCUAAACCUGAUGCUUCUGAUCCAAUGAGUAAAGUUAAAUCCGAUGUUUCAAAUGAUGAAACUGUGCUGCCUGUAUUAAAACGACGUAAACGGGCAAUGGAGGCGAUGUGUGACGCUGCUGCUCUCAAUUCCGAUGACAGAAUGGAGAAAAAUGCUCUUGAGCUAAAUAGUGAUUUAGCUUCUAUCAAUACGAGAGUUUCUGUCACCCAACAGCCCAAAAGGCGAAGAGCUGUUUGCCUUUAUGAUGGCGACAAUGAAGAUGAAGAACCCAAAACUCCUGUUCAUGGAGGAGCUGACAAAAAUGUCAGAGCACAUGUGUCUGUUUCAGACACUUCCAAGAGAACUAAUGUGCACGUUGAAAGUUCUGUUAAUCAAGAACACAGAAGUUCUAUUAAUGCUCAGACAAGUUUGAGGGAUUCUACUGGAUUAGAGAAUAGCCAUUCCAAGGAAUCAUCUUUGCUGAUGCAGAACUAUCCUCUUUCACCUAGCUGUCCAAAAACUGCAAAGAGGAAUGAUAUUCGUGUCUCUCCAAGUCCUGGCAAAUCAGAGUCCGAGCAGAUACUGACCAAGGAGGCCAAACCAAUCAUAACUACCCCUAAGAGGUCUCCUCAUCUGCUUCCUGCCACCAAACCAGUUGUGGAACAGCAUAAAGCUACCAAGCCCUCCAUUAAAGUUUCCACACUGGGCAUUCAAAAGAGGGCCCAGGCUGGACCUGGCAAGGUUUCAGGUCCUGUUUUGGAUAGUUCAAACACCUCUCAAAAUCAUGUGCCAAGUCAAAAAAGUAGAGCAGCUUUUUCUGGGGAUUGGCCAAAAAGUACUCCUAAAGCAACUUCACAAAUGAGUGAUCCUACUGUUCCAAUGUGUGCUCCAUCAGAACUGGAAGUUGGUAUGGAUGAUAGAAGCAGCUUUUUGGUCGAUUCUAAGACUCUAGAUUCUGUUACAUCUAUGAAACAUCUCAUUGCUGCUGCUCAAGCAAAAAGGAGACAAGCUCACUCACAACCUUUUCCUCAUGGAAACCCUGCUUUUAUAGCUCUUAACGAUGCUCAGGGAAGGAGCCCAAGCUCCUCACCGGGCCAAAAUUUUUUAUCUGGUACUAGCAAUGCUGUACAGGCAGAUAUGCAAGGCUUCUAUCAUAAUACAAAUUUAGUUUCUCCAUCUUCACAUGGUCACCAAUCAGCGUCACACAGCCAAGUGGAAGCUGAAGAAAUUGAGGAGCAAAGAGUUAGUUCAGGACAGAGGGCUGCUGGAGGUUCAUUGAGUGGUGGUACUGAAGCUGCUGUGGCUCGUGAUGCUUUUGAAGGGAUGAUAGAGACUUUAUCAAGGACAAAAGAAAGUAUUGGACGUGCAACUCGCCUUGCCAUUGAUUGUGCCAAGUAUGGCAUUGCAAAUGAGGUGGUUGUAGAACUUCUAAUCCGAAAAUUGGAAAGUGAGCCUAGUUUCCACCGCAAAGUGGACUUAUUUUUUCUUGUAGAUUCCAUCACCCAGUGUUCACAUAAUCAAAAAGGUAUCGCUGGAGCUUUGUAUGUCCCUACGGUGCAAGCAGCCUUACCACGCCUUGUUGGUGCUGCUGCUCCACCAGGAGCCAGUGCUCGGGAAAAUCGUCGUCAGUGUUUAAAGGUUUUAAGGUUGUGGCUUGAGAGGAAAAUCUUUCCAGAAUCUGUUUUGAGGCACUAUAUAGAUGGUAUUGGAGGUUCAAAUGAUGAUGCCUCUGCUGGAUUUUCCCUUCGACGUCCAUCCCAAUCUGAGCGAGCUAUAGAUGAUCCAAUCAGGGAAAUGGAAGGCAUGCAUGUAGAUGAAUAUGGCAGUAAUGCCACAUUUCAGUUGCCUGGGCUUUUAUCUUCUCAUGUGUUCGAGGAUGAUGAUGAUGAUGAUGACUUUCCGAGCAGUCCUUUUAAGGAAGUUAAUGUUGUGUUAGGAGUUACAGAAUCAACCCAUGCUCUAGGAGAGAGAGAAACAUUUACUGCGACUGCAAGUGACAGGCGCCAUUGCAUCUUAGAGGAUGUGGAUGUUGAACUUGAAAUGGAAGAUGUGUCUGGACACCCAAAGGAUGAAAGACCCUCAUCCAUAGGUGUUUUUUUUGAAAUGGAAGCACAGCAGCAUUACUCAGAUAGGUUACCAGAACCAGCAUUAAAUGAUUCUGUCCAUUUGUUGCCUCUACCAGAUGGUUCUCCACCACCGCCUCCUGAUUCUCCUCCUCCACCUCCGCCUUUGCCUUCCUCUCCACCGCCGCCGCCGCCACCACCACCUCCACCACUUCCACCUCAACUCUCAACAUCUUUGUCACCGCCGCCUCCACCUCCACCUCCACCUCCACCUCUUCCGUCACAACCACCACCUCCUCUCCCCCCUGUGCCACCUUCAGCUCCUCUGCCUACUGUGGUACCACAACCAUCUGUACCAACUCAAUCUUCGUUACUAGCAAAACCAAUACGACCAUCUCAGUCAUCUGUACAGUCCUCUCCUCAUUUGGCAUAUCAAUCAGCUGUACCUCAUGAAUACUGUACUACACCCAAUAGUAAUCAAAUUGUCCAAAUGGCUGGAAGUACUCCUCAUGGGAAUCACAUGUUCUUAAAUCCUCAAGCUCCUCAACAAAACCCACAUUUUCAGCCAGUUAAUGCACCUUUUGCACAAAGACCGCUGCAUUCAAACCUACCACAAAAUGCAUCAGGUCACUUCUCAUUCACGACGCCUCCAAUUCAGCAGCUUCCUUAUCCCCGUCCAUACUCUAUGCCAUCACAUCCAGAUGGUCGGCCACGAUUUUCCACUGAUGAACAGUGGAGGAUGCCUUCAAGCGAAUAUCCAGAUAAUCAUCCUGGUGCAUGGAUGGGUGGAAGAAAUCCAUCUUAUGCAGGCCCUUCUUUUGGCCAGGAAGGUCACUUUCGGCCACCACCUCCAAAUAAUAUGGGUUUUCAGGUUGCUCCCUCCAACAAGGUACCUGCUGGAGCUUCCAUUCCAGGUCAUGGUGUUACACAGAUGUUGCCAUGUAGACCAGACAUGCCUGCCCUUAACUGCUGGAGGCCAGCAUAAUAAAGAGCCUGAGGGCAUCUUAAGUUUUUGACUCUGUGAUCCUGAAAUGAGAAAGUGCGCUUGCGUUAUCAUGCACCUCAAGGAAGGUUCCCAUUUUGGACAAAAUACAACUACCUCUUGAAGGCAGUGUUUGAACCUUGUGGAGACUCUUGGCAGGGCUCUGUAUAGUGUAAUUUCCUGACAAAUGUAUCCCAGGAACAUCUGCUUCUGAGUGUAGGGCCGUGUUUCUUACUUGGCGGAUUUGACUAUAGACCUAUAUGUAACUCUGCCCCUACGUUUGACUACCAGUUUGAGCAUGAUUCUUAAACUCAGUUCUGAUUUUGUGCAUAGAAGCUGCCUGCUGCAAGUUUUCUUGGUAAAGGUGGUUGAGGCAAAAAAUUAAGGUGCAUCUGCUGUCAUUCAUGACUUACUCAUUUUGGGGAAUAAAGAUCAAGCUAUAUCUGGUAGAGAACUUCUGCAAAAUCUGAGGUACAGAAGGGUGGAUUUUGGUGCUUCUCACCAAGUUAACAAAAAAAUAAAGUACAAGAGUGAGAAAAUGUAUCAGCAGUUUUUUUCCACAUAAACUAACAAGAACCUACGAUCUUUAUUUGAUACCCCCCCCCCUCCCCAAUCUCUUUCUAGUUACCUUCAAGAGCUAGCUAGCUACUCAACAGCAGACAAAAUGUUGGAUCCAAAAAUCGAGUAAAUUGAAUGUGAUCUCAUAUACUGAACUAAUCGAGCGCUGUUUUGUUUUUCCGACCAGUUGUUGGUUUUGGCAAUCCAUCAAAGAUUGGUCUCGUUAUGGUUGAAGCAGACAAGGCUUGCAAAUCUGGCUUCAAACUCCACUUCGAUGUUGGCCAGAUGGAAGAACUAAUACUGUCUUGAUCAUUCAAACUAGGCGUGCUUGAUGACUUCCUAACCAUGGGAAAUCCAUCAGCCACAUCUCUGGGACCUGAUUGUGCAGAGAUCAAACCAGCUGCCUCAACAUUUUUUGUGGCUCGGUUUCCUGCUUUGGGUCUGAGGGCUAAGCAUUUUCCAGUGAUUGUCGAGAAAGCAGCCCCGCUGUUUUCCUCUCUAAUCAGCAAGUCAGAGUCGAUGGAAGUGAAAUCAGUUUCUGAUUUCUGACGACGCCUCACCAAUUUCUCAGACUCAAUUUCCUUUGCAUCAUCAAGGAAUAAUUUGUUAACCAGUUCAUUGUUCUCGUCAAGUAACUCAUUAACCCAGCUUCUAGUUUUCCGAUGGAGGCACAAAGGCGGGUGGGAAGCUGGUGAUGGUUUAAGAUACAGACCACCUUCCAGAUGAUGAGAAUAUCCAUUCCUGUUGACUGCCAUCUCAAAACCUUUAGAUGUGUUCUUUUGAUCUUUCGGCUUAAGCCCGUAGUAACCUUGUAAAGAGCUCAUAGCUGGAGAAACCUUAAGCUGCGAAGAUUUGGGAUUCAAAUACUGGAAUGAAUCAAAGACAUCAGACUGCAAACCUCGUGGCGGGGUCUGUUCAUAACUGCUCAGUCUGCAGAAAAAGUUCAGUGUCAUAAUCGGUAGAUUUUAGGCUAAAUUUGGGGCUGAUCUCCACCCCAGAAGAUUCUCAUGUUGAAAAAUAUUGUCAGCUAAUCAAAAGGAACACUGAAUGCUGUAAGGUUUUAGCUUUAAGUGCAUUUUCCUCUCAAAUCUAAAAA